AGCCGCCUGGAGCAUGCGCCGUGUUGCGCAACACACGUGCCAUUAAUUAGUUUUCGCUUUACCGUUUUGCCUGCUGAGAAACCACAGGUGUUUCCUAUUAAUCAAAUGAGACUGGGAGGUACGAUGGGAGGAGCUACCAGGAUAUAAGAGGAGAACCACGAGAAGGUCGGAGAUUAUUGCGAGAGGUUACUGCGAGAGAGGUUAUUGCGAGAGGAGCAGAGAGAAGGUCAGGGAAGUAAGAAAGUCAGGGAAAAGAAAGAUAUGUAAAAGUAGUAAAAGGAAAAAUAAAGAAGUAAACGCUAGCGUCAAGUCGUCAAGCCCCUCAUUUCAAUCCUCAGCCCUUCUCUUCCCGUGCCUCUGAACCCCGCGGGUCGGGACAGGUGGCGCCCAGCGCGGGGCACGAAGAAGAACGAAGGAACCGCUGAAGGACCAGCUGUGGUGAGCCGGCAAGUAAAGUAAAGUAAGGUAAGGUAGCUGGGAUUCAUGGGCAAUUCAAUGUCCAAGGGGCAGUUAGUUAUUUCCCUGGAAGCUCUUCUAAAAGAGUUUGGGGUUCCUCUCAGUAGAAAAAUUCUUAAAGGAUUUGUAGAGACCCUUAGUAUUACUAGUAAAUGGUUUCUGAAGCAGGAUCAGGUCGAUAGUGAAAAUUGGAAUAAGGUGAAAGGAGAUAUUGUCUUGCAUCAGCAAUUAUAUGGCCGUGAGUCUCUUCCUUGCACUACUUUGACGGUCUGGGGAGUGGUGGGAGAUGCUCUUAAUGCCUGUGGUACUGCUGCCAUUCAGUUAGCCACUGAGGCUGUCAGGACAGCGAGACAAACGGAGGAAGAAGAUAGAAGUUCCAUUGUGAGUUCUACAUCGGUAAGUCCCCCUUCCUCUACUCAAAAAAUACCAACAGCCCCUCCCCUAGAUUAUUCUACUGAUGAGUCGGGAGGAGACGAGGAACAGGAUGAGAAAGGCUUCAGUUGUUAUAAGCCAAGGAAGCGUAAAAGGAGAUGGAAAACACCUGGGGAGCCACCUCCUGCGCCACCUCCUAGAACACUCGACAGGGUUGAUCUUCCAUUAAUGGAAAGACUGUGCUCUAUGAUGGAAAGAGUCCUGGUUUCCCAGGCUCCUAAUUAUGCUUACCCAGUCGUGGAAGGGACAGAUCCUCAAGGGGUGCUUACUAGAGAACAUGUCUCCAUCGACACAUUCUCUGGUUUUCUUUUCGCCUCUCCACAUUGCGGUGAAAAGACUUCUGAUGUCCGCUCACAUUUGCUACAUGCGUUUGCGGUAAUGGGCCGCCCACGUGUCAUUAACACAGAUAACGGUCCUGGUUAUACCAGUAAGGCCUUUGCCUCCUUUUGUGCGGUCCAUCGCAUUGUGCACAAAACAGGAAUUCCAUACAAUCCGCAGGGGCAGGGUAUAGUUGAACGUGCUCAUGGUUCUCUGAAAACUAUGCUUUUAAAACAAACAGGGGGAGAACACUCCCCCAGGGACUGUUUGACUACAGCUCUCUUUACCCUUAAUUUUUUGACCCUAGAUACCCAGGGGCGGUCAGCUGCUGAUCGGCACUGGUCGCCAGACCCUCGGCAGGUCACGAUGCUGCAAGCGAGAUGGAAGGACCCAGUUAAUAAUGAGUGGCAACCACCCGCACCAGUACUAAUACAGCUGCCCGGCAGCAUUUGUCUUUUCCCACAGGAUGUGGAAGCGCCCCGAUGGGUUCCUGCUCGAUUGGUUCAGUUUGUCAAUAUACCUGACCCUGCUAACAUUGAUGACACAAGCGUCCCAGAUGUUAGUACAAUGGGCGAUUGUGCAUCAGCUGCCGUUUUUGCUCCUCAUUGAUCAUCAUGAUUCCACUUUUCCGCAAGUAUUUGCCACUAAUCUUACUAUUGGUCUGGCUUCCAAGCCAUUGGAUAGUGCCCCGUUGGGCCAGGAUGAGGUGAAAUUAUUUAAUGGCAUUUAUUCUGUAAACAUUAGUUCUACCAUUGAAUAAUUUGUUAGUAUUCAGAAUAAUAGAUUAUAGAGUUUGUCUGCUGCUGUCUGUCUGUCCCCUCCUUUCUUUUCUGUCCUCCCCAAUAAUGCAGGAGAUGCCACUGGGUUGAGCUGUUCAGCGGAGACUUGCCCCCUCUCUGCCUCCUGGGCCCGGAGUGCGGAGAGAGCGAUGAUCGCUGUCUACCUUCUAUUUUAGUCAUACCCGUGGAUGUUUCUGCACAUCUUUCUCCUGUUCUACCUAGGAGGAGACGUGAUUUUGGCAUCACUGCAGCUGUUGUCGCUGUUUCAAUAGUGGUGGCCGCGGCUGCCGCCACCAUUCGUCACUCAAACUGCUGCAAAUGCUGACACUAUAAACAAUCUAGUUGCCAAUGUUUGUUUUUGCGUUACCAACAUAGCAAGAUAUGAAUGAACAUUUAUGAAAUGGACUUUUGAUGCUUAAUUAGCAGAUAGCUGAUGUAAAAAGAGAUACACACUUUUGUUAACUGCUCACAUGCAUUGUAACUUUUUGUACAGUUUUAUUUGUGUAAUUCCUGUUAUGGUGAAAAAUAUGUUUAUGGAAGAAAAUAGGUUAAAUAGUGUAAUCAGAGGACCUUAGAACCACCAGCUCCUGAACCUGACCUCUCAAUUGGCGAGACAGCUCAUAACUGUUAACAACACUCGGGUUACCCUGUUACAAGUGAGGAUCUCAUUGCCUGGUUUAGAGGACUCCUCCCAGAGUUGCUAUUUGUGCAUUCGGCAUAUGGUUUCUCCGUCGGCUACGGAGGCGAAACAAAAAACGUGCUAUUGCGGUCAGGCAAGUACUUGGCUCCAUGGUACUUGACCAGGACUCCCCAGUGGCAUCCGGAUGGGUCAACUUAGCCCUAGAGAACCUGAGAGCCAAAGACGGGUAAGAGUGUAGCCGUCCAGACCAACCUAAGACAGCGGUCCGGACCAAGUGCGCCGGAUUAGCGAUGACGGGUAAGGCUGGUCACGGAAUAUGCCAACCUAAGACAGGCCAGGUGUCUCAUUUAAAAGAAAAAAGGGGGAGAUGUCCGGAGCCGCCUGGAGCAUGCGCCGUGUUGCGCAACACACGUGCCAUUAAUUAGUUUUCGCUUUACCGUUUUGCCUGCUGAGAAACCACAGGUGUUUCCUAUUAAUCAAAUGAGAUUGGGAGGUACGAUGGGAGGAGCUACCAGGAUAUAAGAGGAGAACCACGAGAAGGUCAGGAGGUCAUUGCGAGAGGUUAUUGCGAGAGAGGUUAUUGCGAGAGGAGCAGAGAGAAGGUCAGGGAAGUAAGAAAGUCAGGGAAAAGAAAGAUAUGUAAAAGUAGUAAAAGGAAAAAUAAAGAAGUAAACGCUAGCGUCAAGUCGUCAAGCCCCUCAUUUCAAUCCUCAGCCCUUCUCUUUUCGUGCCUCUGAACCCCGCGGGUCGGGACAGCAGGCGUGUUCAAAUAUUGCCAGAAAUAAGUGGGAGGAAGUGAAGGCCUGAAAAGUAUCAUUAGAUUUCAUAGCAUGGCCUCUGGAGAGCCUUGCAGUGGAGGGUCAGUUCUGAGUUGGGGAAUAAAUGAGAAGUGACAGAGGAGUCUGGCAAUCCCAUUUUUCUAGAAGGAAAAGCAAAGACGAUUUAUACUACCUGGGUAAAAUGGGCAGGUCAUGUCUUUUCCUCCUUUAUCAGCUGAUAAAACUGAAGCUCUAAAAGGUGGUAAUUUGUUCAACAUCAACCACUGGUCAGCAGAACCAAAAUAAAAUUCCUGGUCUCAGACUCCCUUCUACCUGCCACCUGAGAAAAAUGAAGGAUCAACCAGUUCAGUGGACAUCAUCACAAUCACUUUAUGUAAAUGUAACUGUGGUUUAUUUUUUCCAAAGGCUCAAAUGUUAUGAUGGAGGGAUGGUGGGGAAUGGGGCAGAAUUAUUUUCUCUGUUAGACUGAAUGUAUGCUAUGUGGACAGGAAAGCUUCAUUGUAAGACUCACUUGGCAUGUUUUCUUGGCUGGGUAUGAAUGUUCUGGCAGUCAAUUCAGGUUUUCCUCCUUAGCUGUAGUCCUGGCAGCCUUGUGCUCCUACUGUGAUUUCAAUUCAUGACCUGGACAAGGAUGAUAAAAAGUAAAUUGCAUUCUCAGGCAUAUUCAUAUUACAGGCCAGCUCCUUAACUGCCAAAUAUAGCUUGUCAUUUGGAGCAUGCAUCACAUAGAAACUGUCUUUCUUCAUUAAAGAAAUGCAUUUUAUUUGGUGUAUUCUUUAGAGAUUAAAGCCACUGCUCUCACAACGAUGCACAUGCUGUUGGAGGCAGAACAGCCAUCUGCACUGAUGAGGAUUAUGUAAUGUCCUUUCCUUUCAUGGGAAAAUGAACCUACCAUGCAGACACGAGGAAGCCAGUCCUGCUUCCAGCUCAGGUGCUCAUCCUGGGUCGACAACACUGGCUCUCCUUCCUAAGGACCUUUGUAGUGCUUGGAGACAAAGGUCACCUGGGAAACGUGUCUGUCCACCUCAUUAAGGAUGAAGCAGAGUGCAAUUGCAUACCUACAUACAGCAGUUGGAUUUACUAUCCAGUUACAUCUGAGCCUGGUAGGAGACACAGGUGCAAAUCAAAUAGGUCUCAACGAAAGCAGAUGCCUUGCCAGAAACUGCUGUCUUCCUCAGGAUCUACCUCCACCUCCCAGCUCAGCAACUGGAUCAAGCCUGGGGGCACAUGUCUGCAAGAAAACUUAGGAAAUAAAUCCAUACCCCUGAAGUCCCUCUUUGUCGUUUGCACUAAAGGGAAAGACAACUUGCUCCUUAAAGGGAGCCCAGGGACAGAGCCAAGCAUGUUUUGGAAGUGAGAGGCAGGAGCCUGAAGACUGAUGAAGAAGAAAGGAGGAUAUUGGUGAGAAAAGAUUUGAAGGAGACAUUGAAGAAGAAAACAGAUGCUUCUCUGCAUAGCUUAUCAGUUGCACAGCGCUGAGGACUGGCUUUGCAUUGGAGCCGCUGGUGCUGCCCAGAGUUUCAGGCUGGAAUUGGAAGCCGGCGGUGCUGGAUGCACAAGCCCAGACACAGAGUGAAUACUGUGAGUCCACCUGAUGCUUGACAAAAUGUGCCUGGAUUUGUUUCCUGGAGAGAACCUGAAGCUACUGGAUGGAAAAAGCAUGCAAAUGCGAUAUAAAAAUUGAGCAACAAUUUGCUUGUCAAGGGCAAAAUGCCGAUGACUUUCAUUUUUUGCCAUCUCUCACUUUGCCUUUCUUGUUCUUUUUUUCCUUACUGGUCCUCCCUACUCUUUCCACCCUUACUGUCCCCAUAACAUCCUUACACCGACAAUGUUUCUCCCUUAUUUAUUUUCAUCUUCUUAGAGGCCAUGACGAUGAAAAUUGUAUUUUCUAGACAAAAGUUACAUCACAUGAUGUAACUUGACAAGAGAUUUGUAAAUGUACUGAUAUGAAAGUCAUACAAAUUAUGAUUACAAUGAAUUUACCUGCAGAUAUGUCUAAAGUCUGAUUCCAAAUGACCUUCUCCCUUAUUCCCUUUUCCUUGGCCUUUCUACCAACAUUCCUUUCUGUCAGUUUGCUCAUCUCACCUGGACAAUUGAAUCAAUAAAACAAUAUCCCGGGUUUUUGAUCGACUGCUAAUACCUAUUAUGGACCUUAGUGAUUAUUUUUGUGUGUCCAGGACAACUUUCUUUCUUUCUUUUUUUUUUUUUAAAGUAUCCCUUUUAAUGAAUCACUUUUGACAACCCUCCCUCCCACUCACAUGAGAAAGGUGAGUUUAAUCUUUUAAUGACUCUGCCUCUCUGGCUAUGGUGAUCAAAAUUGGCCAAUCGGAGCCCUUCCUUAGGACUCCCUCCCUCCCUCCUUCCCUCCCCACCUCCUUUCCUCACUUUUUUCUUUUCCUCUUUCCUCUCUGAUAUUUGAGGAUGACAGCACAUAAACCUACAGUUACCAGUAUCCAGGUCUCCCGCUAUAGAGACUGUUUGAGAUAAACAGCUAACAUCUGAGAGUUCAAGAGAGUGCCAUGGCGGUCAUGCCGCUGCUUUCAGUAUCCUCUUGGACCUAGCUCUACCCUUAUCUUCCUGCACUUUCCCUACUCCUAAUGCACAUCUGGUGGCAUUUCAGGCAGUCUGCAAAUGGAGAAGUAGCAGUUUGCAGCAGAAGCUUCACCCAGAUGCUUCUCA